UCAUAUUUCCUCGCCUGUGAGCUGGGAUGAAGUGAAAAUACACAAUGGGUCCAGUCGCGCUCCUCCACAUGUCUGUUUUCUCCCAGAGUUUUUCACCCUGUGGUCGUUUCUUGGCCGCGAGCAACAACUACGGCGAGAUCGCCGUGUUCAGCCUCUCUUUAGCUCUGAACCCAGAUGCAAGUGGACUGAGCCAGAAACCGGUCUUGACCUUCACAGCUCAUGAAGGUCCGGUCUUCUGUCUUCUGUCCACCAACUCCCACCUGUUGAGUGCUGGGAACGGAGAGAUUAGCGCCUGGAGCUGGGCCGAACUUAUCAAGAAGAAUACCAAACCCGUGUGGACAAGACGACCACAUUACAAGUCCAGUCUGGAGAUCCCAGAGAUCAACGCCAUGACCAUCAAUGCGAGAGACAACAGUCUUGCAAUUGGUGGAGGUGACAACAACAUCCACAUCAUGGACCUCGAAAACGGCAUCUUUAAGUCGGUCCUUCAGGGUCAUUUGGACUACAUCCACUGUUUGAGUGUGAGGGACAGGGAGGCUGAGAUCCUGUCUGGCAGCGAGGAUGGCGCUGUCAGGAUCUGGGACUGCAGGAUGGGUCAGUCUGUCCAUUGCAUUGAGGUCUACAAGUACGAGAGCUGUGCUCGGCCUCAGUUUGGGAAGUGGAUCAGCUGUUUGACCACCGACUCGGACUGGAUGCUGUGUGGUGGAGGUCCCUCUCUAUCUCUGUGGCAUCUUCGUUCCAUGUCUCCAACCUCUGUCUUCCCUCUGACUGGAUGCCAGAGACGAGCUGCCUUCCACCAGGACAUGAUCCUGGCUGUGGGUGAAGGCCCAUUUGUGUCUCACUGCCUGCUGGGAGGGGAGGUCAAAGCUCAGAUCCCGUGCACGCCUCAGUCCCUCAACACACUGGAGAUAAACAGCAGCAGCCCUGAACACCGGGUUCUGACAGUAGGAGGCAGCAGUGAUCGUAUCGAUGUAUUCACCAACCUGUCGUACAGAGCCUUUUCAUUCAGCUUCUGACUGAAUAAAUCACUUUAAAAGUGCACACUUUUUAUUGCAAUAAAAUGCUUUUUCAUUAA